AUGUUGUUGUACUUUAGUCCUACUGGCUACUGCUCCUCAUAUUGCUGCAACGAAUUUGAGUACUAUGAGACAAUCUCUGACACUGCAAACAAGUUCACAAUCUUACUCAUACACAUGAGUUGUUGUAAGGUGCACAGUGAAUGGAUGAAGGUAUGUAACAUGAUGACCACUAUGACUCAUCAUCAUAGGUGGUCUUCUGGUGGUAGUGGCUGUUGCAAUUCUUACACUCCCAAAGCCAUUAAUAAGUCUGUUGUGCUUGAGGCAGGGAUUCUAAGAAAUAUCAUGGGCCAACCAGGUACAGGCUGA